AUAUUGGUAAAGGUAUUGGGGCGGAGAUAGAACGGAACUUCCUGUUCUCGCGGGAGGUAGAGGCGUGACUGCCACGUCCGAGCAAACUGGGAAAGGAGAGGAUCCCGGAGCCGUGUGAUGGCCAGAGGCCUGCGGGCCCCCCACUGGGUGGCCGUGGGACUGCUGACCUGGGCAGCCCUGGGGCUGCUGGUGGCCGGACACGAGGGUCAUGGUGAUCCGCACAAGGACGUGGAAGAAGAAUUCCAUGGCCACAGGCACUCACAUGAAGAUUUCCACCAUGGACACAGCCAUGCCCAUGGCCAUGGCCACACUCACGAGAGCAUCUGGCAUGGGCAUACUCACGAUCACGACCAUGGACAUUCACACGAGGAUUUGCACCAUGGUCAUAGCCGUGGCCACUCGCACGAAAGCUUCCACCACAGAGGACAUGGAUAUGACCAUGAACAUAGCCAUGGAGGCUACAGGGAGUCUGGGGUUCCAGGCAUCAAGCACGACCUGGACACUGUCACCCUCUGGGCCUAUGCACUGGGGGCCACAGUGCUGAUCUCUGCCGCUCCAUUUUUUGUUCUCUUCCUCAUCCCAGUGGAGUCAAACUCGCCUAGACAUCGCUCUCUACUCCAGAUCUUGCUCAGUUUUGCUUCUGGGGGGCUCCUAGGUGAUGCCUUCCUGCACCUUAUCCCUCAUGCUCUGGAACCACAUUCUCAUCACACUCUGGAGCAACCUGGACAUGGACACUCCCACAGUGGUCAGGGUCCCAUUCUGUCUGUGGGACUGUGGGUUCUCAGUGGAAUUGUCGCCUUUCUUGUGGUGGAGAAAUUUGUGAGACAUGUGAAAGGAGGACAUGGACACAGUCAUGGACGUGGUCACACACAUGGAAGUCAUGCACAUGGAAGACAGGAGCAUUCUUCAAAGGAGAAGCUCAGCUCAGAGGAAGAAGAAAAGGAAGAAGCAAAGUUGCGGAAAAGGAAAGGAGGGAGCAUAGGGCCUAAAGAUGGGCCAGUAAAACCUCAGAACCCUGAAGAAGAAAAAACAGGUUCAGACCUGCGUGUGUCUGGAUACCUGAAUCUGGCUGCUGACUUGGCACACAAUUUCACAGAUGGUCUGGCCAUUGGUGCUUCCUUUCGAGGGGGCAGAGGGCUGGGGAUCCUGACCACAAUGACUGUUCUGCUACAUGAAGUGCCCCAUGAAGUUGGGGACUUUGCCAUCUUGGUCCAGUCUGGCUGCAGCAAAAAACAGGCGAUGCGUCUACAAUUACUGACAGCAGUAGGAGCAUUGGCAGGCACAGCCUGUGCUCUUCUCACUGAAGGAGGGGCAGUGGGCAAUGAAGUUGCAGGUGGUGCAGGUCCUGGCUGGGUUCUGCCAUUCACUGCAGGUGGUUUUAUCUACGUAGCAACCGUGUCUGUGUUGCCUGAGCUGUUGAGGGAGGCGUCACCAUUGCAAUCACUUCUGGAGGUGCUGGGGCUGCUGGGGGGAGUUAUUAUGAUGGUGUUGAUUGCCCACCUUGAGUGACAGAUGGGAUAAGUGGCCACUACUCCUGCCCCAAACCUCUUCUCCUAACUGUAAGUCGGGGCCUGUGGCUGUUGGGGGCCCUGGCCAGGGUCAUCUGCCAAAGCAAGGAGAUCUAUCCUAGAAUGGUGACAUUGGCAUUAAGGGCCUUCAAGGUUUGGCAGCGAAAAUGACAGGCCAGAGGGACCAAAGUGUUGGACACUGCUCAACCAUAUUGUUGGGUUUGGAGGGAUAAAUGGGGCCAUGAAAAAGGCUGGAAUGAUGACUGGUUACCUGGUGUUCCUUGCCGCACUUAUUCUCAGAGGACCAAGGUGCCACACACAAGAGUUCUCCAAGAUCUAUUCCUCUCUCCCACUGGUUGGUGAAGGCCUCAGGGAAGACCAGAGCCCUGGACAGAAGGGGGUAAUAGGAAGAGUUGGGGGUAAACAUCAAUCGUGUGUUGUGAUUUGGGAGUGAUUUGGGGUGGGAGGUGGCUGAGGGUUAGCUGGUAAUCUCAUGGCCUGAUUUUUUUUGUUGUUUAUUUCUAUUCAUUUUGUAUCAAUGUUUGAAUCGAAGAGGAGGGGUGGUGACUGGAAAUAAAGUCCUUGAAUCUUCCGCC